AGCGUCUCUUUUAUCAUAAACCCUUUAGACGCAUCUGCAGCAGGCACUUAUUUUGGCAUGACACGUGAUGCAGAUAGGAUCACUCGACGCGCAGAACACAUAUUUUGAAAUUAUGAACCACACACAUGACGGACUACAGUGACGAACUUUGCAUCAAGCGCCGUCGAAAAAAGAAGUUACCGGCCACCACUGCCAGUAGUAAAAAUCAUUGAGCCCUGGAAAAAAAUAUUCGUUUUUUUAUUUUGUGAUGACCCUGAACCCCCCCUCCCUCCAGACACAGACACUCCCCACUGCAAGCUGACUUGCCAUGAUAUGUUGUUCAUAGUGUUUAUGUUUCAGGUGUGUUUGGUGUUAUCGAUUCAGAUGAAGUGAAGUCAGUGUCAGUGAUGGAGGGAGAUUCUGUUACUCUACACACUGAUAUUACUCAAAUACAGAGAGAUGAUCACAUACUGUGGAUGUUUGGACCUAAUGAGACUCGCAUAGCUGAAAUCUAUAAGAAAAGCAUUGAUAUGUAUAACAGUAAUGAGAUAUUCAGAGACAGACUGAAGCUGGACAGUCAGACUGGAUCUCUCACCAUCACAAACAUCACAAUGACACACACUGGACGUUAUAAACUACAGAUCUUCAGUAACAGAGGAAAUUCAUACAAGAGAUUUAACGUUACUGUCUAUGCUCAUCUGCCCGUACCUGUCAUCACUCGUAUCAGUAACUCUUCAAACUGUUCAUCGUCAUCUUCAUCAUCAAGCUCAACAUGUGUGUUGUUGUGUUCAGUGUUGAAUGUGAGAGAUGUGAGUCUGUCCUGGUACAAAGGAAAAAGUUUAUUGUCCAGCAUCAGUGUGUCUGAUCUCAACAUCAGACUCUCUCUACCUCUGGAGGUUGAAUAUCAGGAUACAAACACAUACAGAUGUGUACUCAACAAUACCAUCACAAACCAAACUCAACAUCUCAACAUCACUCAUCUCUGUCAGAUGUGUUCAGGUCAGCAGUUAUACUGUGGUCAGUGUUUCAGUUUUACCGAAACUGUGAUCCGAUUGGUCCUCUCUGCUCUGGUGGGUGUGGCAGUUGUUGCUAUAGUGAUUUAUGACAUCAGAUCCAGAAGAGUUGAACAGAAGCAGAGAUCAGACAUCACGCUCAGACCCUGACUGAUGCAGAGCAGAAUAAACUUUUCUUUUAUUUGCUUUAUUUCCUGUUUUAUAAAUUUUGUAAACAAUAAUCAAAUAUGAAAUUAUUUUAUAAAAUAUGACUCAAUUCUCAGCAAAUAAUAAUAAAAUGUUUUAUGUAAUUUUAUAUAAUUAAUGCGUAUGUAAUGUAUUGUACACAAUAAAGCAUU